AUGGUGGCCACCAACUUCUGUCAGGUUCUGUUUGAGUUUAGGUUUGACGGUCUAGACAGCUCACCAGGUGACAAGGAGAGAACCGGCAGUGCAGAUUCUUCACUGGCAACCGAAGCAGAAAGUGAAGUGCGACACAUAAGUGCCGGACAUCAUAGAUCUGACCUGUCCUCAUUUGAAAACCAGCCUGGAAAGGACCACACCACACAUCUGUCUUCAUCUGAAAACCAACCCGGAAAGGACCACACCACACAUCUGUCCUCUUCUCAAAACCAGCCUAGAAAGGACCACACCACACAUCUGUCUUCAUCUGAAUACACUUCUGAAGAGAAUCCUAAUUUGGACACUAGUUCUGAAACCUAUUCUGAAGAGGAACAAGCCUCAGAUGUUUCCUCUCCUGAAGAGCAGCCUGAAGGUUACAAGUGUCAAUUCUGCGCCAAAUCUUUUAGGUAUCAGAGUGGCCUGAAAGUGCACGUUGUGCAAGCGCAGGAUGGAUUUACGUGUCCUUUAUGCGGUAAACUCUUCCCUGCUAAAUGCAGCCUUCAGGCUCACAGACGAGCAGAGCAUAAAGGAAAGAAGCUGAAAUGCGAACGCUGUUGGAAAGCCUUUGCUACGCCUCAAGCCCUGGCAUUACACCAGUCUAGUCACGCCGGAGAAAGUGAGUUUAACUGCCCUAGCUGUGAGAAAUCCUUCCUCACCAAGCAGACUUUAAGGGCUCACGUGCUAAGCGACCACCAGGAGGCGCGACCCUACUCCUGCGACGAGUGCGGUAAAAGGUUCAGGCUGAAAUGCGGGUUGAAGUCUCACCUGCGGAUUCACUCGGAGGAGAGGCCGUAUCGCUGCGACGAAUGCGGGAAGAGCUUCAUGACUCAAAACACUCUCAACCUACACCAGCGCGUUCACACCGGCGAGAAGACGUUCGCCUGCGGAACCUGCGGCAGGAAGUUCGGACUGGCCGCCAGCCUUGCCAAACACCAGCAGAGCCACAUGGACGCGAAGUCCUUUAAGUGUGACGUCUGUGGUAAAACGUUUGCUCAGGCCAGCCACCUUCGCGUCCACCGGCACACCCAUACUAGCGAGCAAGUGUCAUGCGAAAUUUGUGGGAAAACCUUCAGUCAGAUUCACGCUCUCAGAAAGCACGAGAAGGUUCACAAGGCCGAUCGACCGUUUUCCUGCGACGCGUGCGGCAGAUCUUUCAGUUUGAUGAAGUUCCUGCAGAAGCACCGGCAGCUCCAUUCGGGUGAGAACCUGCACCGCUGUGAGCAAUGUGGGAAAGGUUUCCUCACCGCCGGUCAUCUCAGGGUGCACAUGCAGGUCCAUCCGGACUCAAAACCUUUUUCCUGUACGGACUGCGAAUGGAGUUGCAGGACCCUCGCCGAUCUGGAGCGUCACCGCCAGGUACACACGGAGAACAGCUUUCCCUGUGGGGUGUGCGGAAAACGCUUCCCGAAAAAGGCUAAUCUGAGGAGGCACCAGCGGACGCACGACGGGGUGAAACCAUACAGCUGCAAGGAGUGCGGGAAGAGUUUCGGGCAGCUGAUCAGCCUCCUCAGACACGGCAUGAUCCACACCGAUGAGAAGCCCUUCAAGUGUGAGCAGUGCGGGAAGUGUUUUCGGAUGGACUUCAGUCUGAGGACUCACAUGAAGAUGCACUCCGGCGACAGGCGUACCCACGCGUGCGUCGAGUGUGGGAAGGAGUACUCGAGAAUGCAGACUCUACUGAAACACAAGUGUGUCAAAAAGGAGGAGGGAGCGCCGAGUAAAAAGAGAAAAACCGACGUUUCCAAGGACAGCACAUAA